CGCGUUUUUAUUUGAAGUAUUACGGGAAUAGGACGCCUUGGACGCUGUGUAACACAGGAACUGGGCCAUGUGUUCCGGUGAUUUUUCCACACUUGAGACUUUUUACCUGGGAUAUUAAGCCACUCAGAAGCUGAGCAGUUUCAGGCACACAGCAUGAUAACACCGGCAUUCGAGCUGAGUCAAGACUCCGACUUCCUUACGCUGGUUAUCCGCGUUCCGUACACGAGGACAUCCGAGUUCGACAUCGACGUAGAUGGAGAGGACUUCAAAUUUUACGCCAAGCCCUAUUUUCUCAGGUUGACUCUGCCUGGAAGGAUAGUCCAAGAUGGAAGAGAAAAGGCUUCAUUUGACAUUGAUAAAGGUCUCUUCACAAUGCGAGUCCCUAAGGAGACAUCAGGACAGCACUUUGAGGGACUGCACAUGCUGACCAGUCUCUUGGCCCCCACAGGUUCCAGGUCUGCACAACCUCUGGUGGAGGAGAUUGGAGCAUGCAGCAUGAGCGAGCCAUGUCAGGAAGAUAAAGAUGAAGAAGAGGAUUUUGAUUGGCAGGUAGAACAGCAGCCAUACAUUGAGUCCUCAGAAGAAGACCUGAAAAAGCUGCAGAAAUAUGGCUUCGGGAACCUCAGGACUGGGGUUUUCUCUCGACUACAGGAGGAGCUGUCGGAAGUGAUCGAUGUGGAAGACCCCGAAAACUCCACCCCUGCCGAGCGGAGAUCUGAUCGCUUGGAUUCAGAGACCACCAUAUUCUGUACCGACCACUAUCUGUUGGAUUUAUACGAAGGUGAAGAGAUGAGGCAAGUUCAUCUUAAUUUUAAGCCAUGGUGGAGCGAGCUGAAGCCAGACUCCCACGCCGAAUCCGCUGUGACUUUCACUGAUGAAGAAAAAGAACAAAUGAGAAAGUUCACAAAUCGUUCCUAUGUGCUGGAUAAGGCAACCCGAUAUCAUGUCUGGCUUAGUCUAGUGGACAUCAUCCUGGCCUACACCUAUGAUGUGCGCACUACAGAAGGAGAACACAACGUGGAGUCAGCAUGGACCAUCAGAAAAAUCAGCGGGACUCUAAGCUGGCUGGAGACGUUUCACACUCUACAUGAGGUGCUGGUGUCGUUUGGCCGCAGGGUGCUGUGUUACCCUCUGCACCGGCACUUCUCUCUGAUCACGACAGCAGUGCAAGACGCCGCUCGCAUUUUCCAGGGUGGUAAGACCUUUGUCCUGAAAUGCCUGCUGGCCGUCCAUAAGAUCUUCAGAUACAAUGAGCCGGCUUACAUCCUCAAUGACCUCUACAUCACCGACUACUGCAUUUGGAUCCAGCGGGUUAAGUCCAAGCACAUGGUGGCCCUGGCUGAAGCAUUAAGCAAAGCUGAGCUGAGCAAGAACGACCUGGACCUGGAGCUGCAGAUUCUGGAGGAAGCCGCUGAGAUGGUGAUAGAUGAGGAACAGGAGGAGCAAAUAAUGAAGAUGGCGCAAGAGCAAACGAAAGAAUGUGAAGAGGAGGACGAGUCCGGCAGCAGUGAGGAAGAAGAGGAUCCGAAGAGUGAAGAAGAGGAGCGAAACGGUAAAAAUAUACCCGAUGGACCAGCGAUGACUUGCCCCUGUCCUCAAAUGCUUGAGCAUGAAGAAAGCCUGAUCCAGGAGCUGGGAGAGAAGCGAGAGGAGGAGCUGAGGAGCGGAGAGGACGUGCCUCAAAUAACCGUUCCUUCCAGCAGCACAGCAGGAGAGGAAGCGGGAGGGGUGGAGGGACUGAGAAAGACAGACGACCCCCAGCUCCCUGCAGCUCUGUGUGGAGUUAAACACGACACGGCUCCGUUAGAGCAUCGCCAGUUUGACGUACGCAUCUCGAACACCGAGGAACUGGACAGCGACGAUGAGGACGAGCCGGAUCAGUGAGUGUUCACACGGAUCUGAGAUGAGACGGCUAUUAACGGACAGUCAGGCGGUUUGUCCGUGCCGAGGAGUAAUUUCCUGAAAACACUCCGAAUGAAUGUAGUACUGAAUACUUUUCUUCCUUCCUUUUUACUGUAAUACAGUCGCUUUCGAAUUGUCAGAAAAUGUUCAAUCUUACGUUUCAAUCAUAGCUUGGAUGAAAUUUUUUCCUAUUAAAAUCCUGUUCUACUGCU